AUGGUUCAAAAACGUAAAAAAGACAAACCUCAAAAUGAAGUGAUUGAUGACAUUCCAGAAGAAGAAACUCUUCGUUUAAUAAAAUCAACAGGAUUAUUAAAUACCUUUAAAGAAGCAGAAAGAGAACGUAGUGAACAACGUGAUGAAGACGAUCCAAAUAACUAUGGUUUUACUUUUCAAGCCUUUCUAUAUACUAUUCCACUUUGUGCGGUUUAUAGUAUGAUGGACAUUGUAGUUCACAAACAAUAUAACGAAGAUGUUACAUUUAUUCCGUUUAGUACUAGAGUUAUAAAGAUUUCCCCACGUAAGUGUAUUUGUCAACAAAUACUAUUGACGUGA